AUGUCCGAUACAGCUAAGGGCAAGAUUUCCGCUAUGGAGAAGGCGAUUACACCAUCAAAUGUGAUUGAAAAAGGAACUUCCAAGAGAGGUCGCAAACCCGGGGUCAAGACCGCUGCGGCCACCCCGAAUGAUGCUCUCACGGUAGCUUCAAAAGCCACUAGGGAGGUAGUGCCCACGGAACCUUUCAAGCAGCCCUUUGAUGAGAUUUUCAAGGAGCAUACCACGGAUCUUGGUACGACGAAUUCCCAGAAGGCGCCCACGACUCCCAAAAAGACAACUAAGGCAACUUCCACAACCCCGGCUAAGCCUUUUGAGCUCUCUGUGCCUGUAACUUUUGAGGAGGAGGACCUCCGCCUGACUCGUCAGCUUGGGCGCAUUCUCCUUGAGCAACUACCUGUUCAAAAUAUUGCGGAGUUCUACGACUGGAUCCACAGCCCAAUCGUCCAACCCCAGUGGGAGGAAUUCGUGGCCGACUACUUCGAGUACAACAUCUUCGCCGAGGAGCCCGACAAGCGCGACGUCGUGGAGACUGCCGAGCGCGUCAUCCGCUUCGGCAAGGGCAAAUACCUCAUCUAUAAGCCUUGCAAAGACGACUGGACCCAGGAGGACCACUGCAUCCGCUUCGUUGUGACCGUCGCCAAUAACCAGAUGGCGCAGUGGGGCAACGUGUGGCCGGAUAUCUGGAAGCAGCAUGGCUGGGAAAUCACCAAGGCGCUUUUUGAAAUGCUCAUGUAUCUCCGCCAUACUGCGAAGCUCAAGGUGCAGGCGAAGAUGUCGAUGUUUGCCAAGUCUUCUAAAAAGCGAAAUGUCGAAUCAUGA